CUGUCCCGGGCCGCUUACGCGGAACACGCGGCCCGAAGCCGCGCCGCCGGCAUUACGUCGCGCACCGUCGACCGCGGCUGACGUUCGCGUCGGACGUUCUUCGAUCGACUUCCGCUCGACUUGACACCGCGCCGACACGCUGGAUACACGGGCCGAUCGUUGUCCCCACGCGGGAACGGGUUAUCCGAUACGCACGACGGUCCUCGGUCCGUCAUCUGCAAAGCCAGUGAAGAGAAGACAGAAAGCCAGUGUUACCUUUCAAAGCUGAAACGAAGAACGGCAGACGUACAACCGAAAACGGGGAAAGAGGCCAACAACCUGUAGGAUCGUUUCCGCCGCGCGGACACUCGACGAGCGUGUGUUACCGAUCACAGUGACGACUUCGACAGUUCCGGAACCGUUGGGGGUCACGUGUCCGACCAGUGACACCUUGCGGUCCGAGAGCGAGUUAGAGGAGAUCAGGUUAGGAACUGCGAGCGAGUCUCUCGUUCUACUCUCGAUUUGAACCGUGUUCCUGUAGACAGUGAAAUGUAGAGAUAUCGGUUUGAACGUUAUGAAGCUGAAAGGAGCAGGGACGACGUGAUUGUUGAAUAGUUUACAACGAGACUAUGAGAUGAAGUUAUCGGUAAGUAACGAGAUCGACCGUCGGAUCGAGGGGCACCGGUAGCUCCGCGGAACCGGAAACUGCUCGUGAAACGGGACGGGAGUUAAAGGACUCCUUUUGAGGAGGGUAGUGAAGCCACGACGUCCUGCCUGGGGGGUGCGUGUUUGGGCGACGAGGGGCGGCUACUGGCCGAUGGGAUGCAUCUACCGGUGGGUUCCGUGGGCUGCGGGGAGAAUUACGCCACCGUUGGAUCCCACGAAGGCGCCGGCCCCUGUGGCCCCCCACUGGCGCCGCUCCAGGGGGUGAACACCAGGUAUCAGCAGGCCGAGGACGCCGACGCUGGGGGCGGCGGUGGCGAGAUGAGCGAGGGUGCCGCCGUCGGCGAGCUCUGGUGGACCGAGAGGCUCGUCGGCGAGGCACAGGCUGAACAUCCUGGGGAACUGGUUCGAACAGGAUCACCGUAUUUUCUCUGCAGCCAACUGCCGACUCACUGGCGGUCCAACAAGACCCUCCCGGUGGCAUUCAAAGUUGUCGCCCUAGGCGAGGUCGGCGAUGGAACCCUAGUGACAGUGCGAGCGGGUAAUGACGAGAACUGUUGCGCGGAGCUGAGGAAUUCCACCGCCUUGAUGAAGAACCAAGUCGCAAAGUUCAACGACCUCAGGUUCGUCGGGAGGAGCGGCAGGGGAAAGAGCUUCAGCAUCACCAUAACCGUGUCGACAACGCCUCCUCAAGUAGCAACCUAUACCAGGGCCAUCAAGGUAACCGUGGACGGACCAAGGGAGCCGCGUUCCAAAACGAGGCAAACACAUAUCCCGGGCCUGGCGCGAGUUCCCGCACUGCCUCGAGUUCCUGGACUGCCAAGAGGGACCUUCCCCGACGCGCCGAGCCCGUUCACCCCCUACCUACGUGAUCCGGAGCCGUACCGUAGGAAUAAGCAUCACAUUGGCAACAACGUCACCGCGAAUUCGGUUAGUGGUGCCUGCACCAACCCCAACAACACCGACCCAACCGCAUCGCCCGCUUCCAGUACACACCUCGGGGCUACCGGCGGCUCCUCGGCUCAUCAGGAUUGCUACAAGCACAGCCCUCAACACGGCGACACGAGUACAGGGACAGCAGAGUGGACCUAUCCGUCGACGGCACCGUCUUAUCCAGCACCUCCGGUGAGCAGCGGCGGUUCAUUCUCGCCACCCAUUCCUGGCGGAGCGUUCUCGUACCCCGGGGAACCACUGUCUCACCAUCCGACCACGGAACCGAUGCCGUUACCCACUGUGCUGCCCUCGGAGAACCAGCAGGACACCUACACCCCUAACUGCGUGUCAAUGUACCCUGGCCACGGGACGUCGUCGUCGUCGCUGCCGCUGGUGCCCAGCAAGUCCAGCGACCCGGACCUGUUCGCCAGCGGGGGAACCGGAAGCGGCAGUCCCGGCUACCACUACGGCUCCUGGACUCCCGGGCCAGCGACGCCGGUCCCCGUCGCUUCCCACAACUACAAUCCGAACUACCAGGGUUACUACAACAAUCCCAGUCAAAACUACAUCAGCCCGGCGCCCAUGGUCCUCUAUCCGCAACUAUACAGCACCGUGAACCAGAACCAGAUCCACUUACACCUGCACGGCGACCUGAGCGACGAGCAGGUUACCAUCGCCGGUAGCAAUCUCACCAUCAGCAGCAACAGACUGGAGAUCGGCGUGCUCGGAGAGGAAAACGAGCAGAGGAACGAUGUGUGGAGACCUUAUUGAACGGGUCCUCGGACUGGAGAGCUUCGGACUACUUUCAUAGAAAGUAGGAUGAUAGAGGAAACUAUACCCAGUGUUUAAUUGUGAUAUUGACGAGGUGUUCUAGGUAUUCUCGAGAGACUUGACGAAAAGACGAGACUUCGUGUGCUCGAUGGUUGACGAUGAUAAUAUCCGGGCAGUGACUGAUUUGUAAGGGUUGGCACGAGGAUUUGGUAUUCUUCGAUAGAAUCGCUUGGUGAAUCGAGUGAGCGCAGGGUAAUAUCUCGCGGAGUAUCAAUAAGACAGUAAAAACAAACUUCCGUGGAAGUUCCAUCGAACUGGACGUCUGAGAUUGUGAUUCGGUAGGCGCGGAGGCAGCCGAGACUUUCGGCGAGCAUGUUCGAGAAUGAUAGUCAUGUAACAUUGUAAAUACACAGAUAUUUUCCAUGAAAUAAAGUCUCUGCCUGAACAGGUUCCUAAAUCCCCAUCGAUUUGCGUUUCGGGUUUGUUUUCUGUU